GAUCGGCGGAGCGGAGAGCGCAGCGCAGCGUCGGCGCGAGGGGACCCUAUGUCAGAUCGACGUCGGCGACGUGGACGAAGCGCGCCAGCAUGAAGAAGCUAUUCUCCAAGAUCGACAACACGUCGAAGGAGCCCAACAGCUACCUGGGGAAGGUGUUCGUCGUGGGCCGCCACACGGUCACCGUCGAGGAGGUCCUGGCGGAAGGAGGAUUCGCGAUUGUGUUCUUGGUCAAAGCCUCGGGUGGACGGUAUGCGCUUAAACGGAUGUACGUCAACAAUGAACAUGAUCUCAACGUGUGCAAGAGGGAAAUACAAAUCGCUAGCAACCUGAGCGGUCAUAAAAAUAUCAUAGGAUAUGUAGAUAGUAGCAUAACUCACACCACUGGAGGAAUACACGAACUUCUGCUUUUAAUGCCUUACUGUAAAUCUCAAGUUCUACAAAUGAUGAAUAACAGGUUGCAAACAGGUUUCAGUGAAUCAGAAGUCCUGCAAAUUUUUUGUGACGUAUGCGAGGCCGUGUCAAGAUUGCAUCAUUGUCAAACUCCCAUAAUUCAUAGAGAUCUCAAGGUGGAAAAUAUACUGCUCGCCGACAGUGGCCAUUACGUUCUGUGCGACUUUGGAUCCGCGACGGGUAAGGUUCUCAAUCCCAGCGUCCACGGCGCCUCGGUGGUUGAGGAGGAGAUCAAGAAGUACACCACGUUGAGCUACAGGGCACCUGAAAUGGUUGACAUGUACUGCGGAAAACCUAUUACUACGAAGGCGGAUGUAUGGGCUUUAGGAUGUCUGUUGUAUAAACUCUGCUUUUUUACACUACCGUUCGGCGAAAGCAUGCUUGCUAUACAAUCUGGAAAUUUCACUAUACCGGAUAACUCGAGAUAUAGUAAAGCUCUCCAUUGUUUAAUUCGGUACAUGCUUGAGCCAGAUCCCGACGUACGCCCUGAUAUUUAUCAGGUUUCCGCAGUCGCUUUUCAAAUUCAAGGCAAAGAAUGUCCUGUGCAAAAUUUACAUAAAGUCCCGACCCCGACGGUGGAGUCAUUACCGUGUCCGCCCAUGGAAUCCGAGAGUAUUAAACGAUCGGCGUCUGUAAAGACCCCGAAGCCCACGCCUAUAGCGACGACGGUCGAGGGCACGUCCGUGACGCCGCGGCAAAGACCGAAGGGGCAGGCCGUUAGCACGGGACCGAUCAGUUUGAGCGGUCAGAUCGUGGGACAAAUCUCGGGCCAAGGAAAUCAGACGCAAACUACACCGGCAAAUUCUAUCUCUUACGUUCAAGUGUCGCCGCACGUUUGCACCCCCAGUCAAAGUGUUCCUUUCGGUCAGUCGCAAGCACAAUCGUCCCAGUACGGUCAAUCGCAGAGCCCGAUGAUCAGUCACUCUCCUCUAACUCAGCAGUCGCCCGUUACCGUUCAAGAUAAAAGUACGUUUUACUUCGAUUCGAGGCAGCACGACGCGAGAGCUACGACGAAUGUCAGCGAGAAUUUGGAGGCUCUCUUUCCGUCGUCAGGGUAUCCGGACCCGUUCAAGGACGACGCGAGAACGAUGCCACCGCCUGCCAAAAUACCACCUCCCGUUGCACCUAAGCCCGGCAAGAUUCUUCCAAAACUGUCCAACCCGAGUUACCCGUCGUCAUCCAAGUAUCCGCCAGUCACGUCGUUACCGUCGAAACUGUCCAUUCCGACGGGGCCUAACAAGGCGACGCCGCUGACGGUGACGCCACCGGCUCUGCCCAAGCCAGUUAACAAGACGGAAAGUUUGAGUCAAAAUAUUAGCUCGAGUAUAUCCCCGCCUGACAGUCCGACAUUGUCGUCCUCGCGUCACAGGAGGAAUGUCAGUGACACGAGCGCUUUUAAUAAAGCGUUUGCAACUGAAACCACUCAAUUCUUAGCGCCAUAUGAGGCUUCGGUCAAACCACGUUCCGAUGACACGACUACGCCACCGGAACUUCCAAGUGAUACAAGGCCUUGUAUAGCAACUAGUGCCUCGCAUGUACGUGUUGGCGAACUUUCAAGUCUAAUGGGAUCAGAAGGGAGAUCGUUGAGUGCAGAUGUAGCGGCGUGGAAUCCGUUUGAGGAUGUACAACCUUUUAAUCAGUUAACGGAAGAUCAUAUCUUCGGCGCUGAAUUUGACAAAAUAAGAAGAGGGAGCAAUACCAGUAUCAGUGGGGUGAAAAGUCGCGAAAGCCUUGUUAUGACAUACACAGACUUACCGGAAGAUCCCUUUGAAUCUGCACCCUUUAGCCUGCCAACAGGGAAGAAGAAUAAAAUUGGGUCAAAGACUGCUGCUAUUGCUGGAGGUAAAUCAGCCAACGGUAGAGCGAGGGUGCCCCUGGCGCAGUGGAACUCCGGGAUCGAGCACGGUGGCAAUGGCGGUGUGGACGACGAGGCGUCCCUGAUCACGGAAUCCAGCCCGGUCUCGCCGCCGUUUGUUCGCGCGCCGGCGGAGGAUCGUUCCAAGUACGAGAAGCUGGCGUUUAACGCCGACGAGGUGUCGAGCGACAGCGACAAAGGAGCCAAGGAGGCGAAGGAGCGGACGAAAAAGACGAAGAGGCGGCGCGUGAAGAACGUGCUGAACCGCAGGAGGAGAGUGGCCGCCCAGCACGAGAACGCGGAUAACGCAGCCAACGUGGACUACGAGUCGGACGACUCGAUCGGCUCGGCCAGCGAUCUGCGCGCGAUGAACGACGAGGAGGGCAACGACGGCGAGGUGAACGACGACGGCGACGACGACGAGGAUGGCGACGUGCGUGGCAAACACGAUGAGACCAUCUCCGAGAGCGUGCGUACGUGCGGCAGUUCCGCGUAUCACGCCGAGUGCGAGUCCGUGGCGACCCACGAGGACGACUACAGGAUGAAGAGGCCGAGGAAGCACCACUAUCGGCAGCAGGAGCAGCAGCUGCCGACGAUCGACGCGGACCCGAUCGUCGGCCAUCAGUACGGUGAGAAGCCACUGCUGCUGGACGACGAGCUGGAUCCCGAGUCCAAGCCGGAGCAGUCGCACGGCGAUCCCUUCGUGCGGCAUCAGUACGGCUCGAAACCGCUGCUGUUCAACAACGGCGACAGUUCGUCCGACGACAACGACAAGUCCAAGUCGCUCAACAACGGGAUAUGGAAGGUGGAGGAUGACGUGUUCGCCUUGGCCCCCUUCCCGAGGUCCAGCAGCUCGCGGAAGAGCAGCGACAGUCGCGAGAGCGAACCUAGGAACGUCGAGCUGGGUGGCAGCGCGAGGAACUCGCCUCACAACUCGAAUCUCGUGACGCCGAUCUCGAGCUCGCCCAUACCGCCGGAGGUGUUCGUGGAUGUGACGAUGGAGAGCAAGCCCGCGCCCCCGGCAGCCAAGUCCGCCGCGUUGCCCUGCAAAUAUCCCAAGAAUAUUGUAAUCGCGAACAGCAAGACUAUCUACGAAGAGCCAGUGUCGUUUCAUCAGCCGAACGUCGUCCAAACGUCGUCGCCGAUCAAGAACAGCCCUCGCGUCAGCAUCGCCGAGGAGGAGGAAGAGAGCAUGGAGAAGGACCUCUUCGGUUCCUCGCCGUUCAGCCCUAGCGGAUUCACCAAUCCCUUCAACAACGCUCAAACUGGUUUCUCGAGCAUCGACCCCGCGCCGGCUCAGCCCAUGUCAAUCCUGAGCCCAGCGGGCCCCUCCUCGUAUAUCGAUUACGCCAACUGCGUCCCGCUGCAAUCUCACAACGCGACACCGGACAACUAUUACGCUAGUCACCCAAACACUAUCGCGUGUACGUCCAAGUACGGCAUGGUGACGGUCAACUCCGAGCCAGCGGUCAGCGCGGAACCGUCCAAGGACCUCUUCGGAUCGAUCCCGUUCGAGGAGUUCGCCUCGCUGAAGCUCAACGAACAACAGCAGCAGCAGCAACGUCCGACGUCUCUGUCGCUGUCGCUGUCGCAGUCACUGUCGCAGUCGCAGUCUCCGAACUACGUGGACAAUGUCGUGCUAACGACGACGUUGCCGGUCAGCAGCGUCAUACAGUCCCCGAAGAACAGCGUCGUCCAUCUGACACCCACACCGUCGUCGCAACCGCCGUCCGCGUACACGAUUCAAACGACCACGCAUACCGCCAGGAUCACCGUGCACGCGGUCAACAGCGUCUCCAAGGUGGACAUCACGUCCGACAUGAUAUCACCCAUGUCGCCCGAGCCUCUGGUCGUCGCGGACGACGACACGCCCAAGCACAACAAGAAAGACAAGUCCAAGUCGGACAAGUCCAAGUAUCACCUGAUCAACGAGAACCACGGUGACAUGGUCGACGUGCUGCCGACUUACAAGGCGUCCCACAAGACCAAGUCGGCGAGCCACAAGAAAACGCCGAAGGGUAAGAAGAGCACGGCCGCGACCGCCGGCUUCAGCAACAUGAGCUUCGAGGAUUUUCCCAGCGACGAGAACGAGGAGAGGCAGGCGGGACGGACGAAGGUUGCGCCCUUCGAGGUGAUCCGCGAGGCGUCGGAGAAGCGAUUUGGAUCGUUGAAGAGGCGGAGCAACCCGUUCACCUGAAAUGAGGUGGUCCUCGUUAGCAGAUAGUUGACACAAAGCCAUUUCUUGGCGACGCAGAAACAGAUAGAGCAUCGAUAUGAUAUAGUUGAUUAAUUCGCUGUGUAUAUCGUAGAGAUACCGAUAGAGACCGGUAAACAACGUUCUACACACGCAACAUUAUUUAAUUGGUCAGAGUUUUAUCAUGUGUGUGUGAAUGCAUACACAUACACAUACACGCACACACAGACAGACACAGAGAGUGUUAGAAAAAUAUUAAUCUCAGUAAAAAAUGACAUGAUAAAAUCUCCAACUGAGAAAUCAAUCGAUACAUAGGUUGUAUAUACAUAUAUAUAUAUAGAGAGAGAAAACCUUUGCGUUUAAGAAAAUUGCUUUUUGCACGCAAAUACGUCAGAGUGAAAUUCCGAGUGAAUAAAAUUAUGCCUGUUUUACUUGUUUUCGGAAUGCGCGUUUGUGAAAAAAUAUAAGACAAAGACGUAAUGUAUUUAGAUCUCUUACGGAGGAUUGCAAAAAAUAAUAUUCUAUUUGAAGCUUUCUGCUUUCUACAAUUAGGCCAUAUAUCUAAUGCUAUAGUUUAUUAGAAACUUUCUUUAAAUCUUUAAAAUGUGCUUGAAUUAACUAAAUUAUACGAAACCGAUCAACGUCUUUUUGACGCUCGUGCAUUUUUUUCACAGACGUCGACAAUGUGAUGUGAUAGCAGCAAGUAGCUGCAUAUGUUUAUAUCAGAAGGCAUUCAGCAUGAGCAGAUAUAUUUAUAUGUACACAUGCCUAACUGACAAAUGUGUGAUGGGUCGUAUAAAACGUGAUUUACACUAAUGUCGGAAAGUAUUAAUUCAUAUACUACCACUUUUUAAUUACUUUUUUGCAUUUUUAGAAGAUUUACACAGACAAGACAGAUAGCCAUAAGAAAUUGAUAGGAAAAAAGACAUUAUAUUAAAGAAAACUGUUGAUUUUUUAAACGUUGAAAAGGUAGAAAGAAGGCGAGAGAGAGAAAGAGAGAGAGACACACUUCCCAACUUAUGUUUUAACAUAAAAAAACCAGGUUGUGGAACUUGGCAGCUCGAUACCAAAAAUGAAAUAAAAAUAGAGAAAGCUCGUGCAUCUAUUUUUGCAGCUAAGUCUUUUCGCUACGUUUGUACUUUAAAAAUUUGUAGAUUUCUACUAGUACAAUCUACUAGUUCAUACAAAGCAAUUUUUCUAAGAAAGUUAAUCUGUACUAUAUAUGUACACUGUAUACAUAUAUACAUAUACUGUACACUAUAUACAUAUAUAUAUCUGUCAAUGCAAUUCAUCGCGAAAUCUAGCGUCGGUGAAAAGAGAGGAAAUUUUUAUCGUAUAUUUAUGGUCUCUUGGAGAAGAGAGUGUAACAGAGUAUUCCUUACAAAGAUUAACAUAAUGGAUCAUUUACAGAAAUUAGUGUUACAAAGGCGCAGAUAAUAGCAUUGAAGUGAUUUGUAAUAUUUGUCAUAAAGGAGCGAACAGGCUCGCCUAAAGAAUUGGCCUUAUCGUGUAAGACUGACUUAUUGUUUAACAGUCUCGAUUAACAUUUACAUUGUGUAAGAUGGCUAUGUCUCCUUUUAAGUAAUCGCUUAUGAUCCGACAACGCUAUGAUUCACACGCAUUAUUCGUAAUAUUAAUACAAAAUACUGAUAACGCGUUUGCCGUGCCCGUCGCGAUCGAGACUGUUAAAUAAAAUGUGUGAAAAGUAGCCGUGAUACUAGUACUUAGUGUGUCAGUACUAGUAGGGAUAUUAAUAUUAAUUUCUAUCUCACAUUGAGAGAGAAUCUGUGUGUGUUAAAUUAUUCGAUUUCAGCAACCGAAUUUUCAUACGUCUUAUAUAACUUUGGAAAUUAUUUUAACCAAAUUUUAUACUGCUAAUAUACUGCGCCUUUUUAAUCGACUCUACGGACAGGAUCUAGUUCAGUGUAAAAAGAUGUGACAAUAUUAUUAAAAGAAAAUGUUUGUAAUCUAUGUGUUUUUAUGCACAUGCAUAUACUGUAUACAUAUAUAAAGAUGUAACAUAAUUUGUAGAUAUUAGCUUAUAUAAUUAGGUGCCUUCCUUUAUCGAGUAGCGUUCAAGCUUGCAAAGUCUUUGCUGUUGUGUAGUAUAAAAGCUGAUAGUAUUAUAAGAUAAACAGAGUCAAUUGUAUUUGUAUAUGUAAGGGAUAGUGUAUCUGAGAAAUUAUUUUUUCUGUUUAGUUCCUAUACAUAACGGUGAGAUGUAUGUAAUCUAUAGCAAGUUAUAUAAGCGAUUUUCAUGCCGCCAUCACAAAAGUCAGAGUGAUUUAUGCAAAUAGAAAGUUACACGUUGAAUUUCAGCGAAUCGACGCGAUGAAUUCAGCGAGAAGUAUAAUCCGAGUGUAUUUCUUGAACAUACGGGAGGACUGUUGUUAUUCCAAGCCUUAAAAUAAUAUACUCCAUCAUUCUGUGCACCGUGUAUAAUAGAACAAACCAAGGUGCUAAGAAAGCCGAGCAUUUUCAAUUCAACAUCCUAAGAAGAAUAUUAUUUGAUUAUAUAAAUUCUUACGAGUCUACGUAGUGUAGUAUACAAUACAUUCCUUCUUUAAAUCUUCAUGUACUGUUAUUUAUUAUAUCGUUGGUUCAUAGGUUCUUUUCUCUACGUUUUCUCGUGUGUACAUGCGCAGGAAAUAAAAUCAAUGUCCUAAACGUCGGAAAGUUUUACGGAUACUAGUUGAUACUUGAAUUUCGUCACUGCCUGCACUAACAGGUGUUACAGUAUUUUUCUUUAUCAUCUAUCGUGAGUAACAAUAACGUAAUUAUUAUGUUUCGGAAAAGGUAUAAAAGAGAUCAUGCAUUCUCGUUUAUGCUAAUUUUAACUCUUGUGCGAACGUUUACUCUUAGGAUGAUCAAAAAUAUUGUUCCAACGUGUACACAAUGUGUAUGUGUAAUAUAGCAAUGAAAAUUGUGUAAAAAUGUAUAAAGAGAAUGCGACUAAAUAGAAUAUGAGAGAGGGACGCGAUUAUUUUCCACGGCAGAGCGGAUGAGUCUUUAAUUUUUUGAUAUUAGGCGUACGAAGAAAAUAGUUACUGAAGACACUAUCUCUGUAUAAAACAUAAAUAAAAUGUAUGCUAUAUUAA